GACAUCAUAAACUGAGACGUCCAGACCGGAAUCUUGGAGCUGUGAUGGGGAUGAGGCCUUAAGACAGCAGCAGUCAGUGCAGUCAGGCCAACUGCAGUCACGUGGGCCUGUUUGAAACAGAUCAACAAAUCCUUGGAUACAUGGAAAGAUCUGAAACUGACAGGGCAGUCCUUUCAAGAUGCCGAGAGGCCCAGUAAAGUGUGUAAACAUCCCAAAUAUUGUGUGCAUUCAUUCAAAUAUCUGAAAUAUUGUCCCCUGUUGGAAAUGAACACAGGCAUUCCUGUCCAUGUUUGACUUUUCGUAAUGCAAACACGAAUCAGUUGAAAGGGAAACAAGUUGUGAGAGGAACAUAAUAAUAUCCCAGUAAUGUUGUCAGCUCCACCUUCUCCGUGCCCCAAUGUGUAACGGAGGCAAUCCCUCCCAGUGCCCUGAAUGGCUGCUGUGGUAAUGUAAACUAAGCACCAUCCUUGUCAACACGUGAUGUAGACACAGCACUGCUCAGUCUCAACAGGUAACCAGCAGGCCGAGUAAACGGACGAAAACGUCUCCUAUUCAUUUAAUACAAGUACGGUAUUCCAUAAAGGACUAAUCAGUCUACUCAACAAGUGACGGAAACAAUGUGAAUAUUACAGUUGGUGGUGAGUGUGAUGACACCUAUCGGGUGAAACAACAGUGACAAAAUCAAUGUGACAGUUCCGUGUUUCCGCCCUGCUAUAUAUCCAACUGGACAUCAUCGGAGGCCAACAUGGAUCUGUGGGACUGCCUCCUAGCCUUUCUGGCCAUAUUCUCUGCACGUUUUUCCCAGGCCACAGCUCUGCAGUCAUCGGCAUGCUACGGAACCGCCAAUAACUUCCUGGAAAUGAACUGUGAAGAAGGGACGGUAAUCAAGGUGACACAGGUCCUGUAUGGAGCUAAGCUGAAGGCUGACAACUGCCCAGUCCCAACUGUUAACACAAACCACGACCCAGACUGCUGCCACCUCACAGACACGACCUGUGCCUUUUCUCUCCCAGGGGGCGUGGAUGAACGGACUGACCCCUACAAGGCGGUGUGCGCUGGUCUGACAUCCUGCUUCAUGCAGACCCAGUGGCUGGACACCACCGGACACUGCAGUGAGGACUACAUGUCACACACAAACUUCAUGCAACUCACUUACAUCUGUCUGAACGGAAACACUAGUCAACCAAACAAUGUAGCAGCAUCAGGCAAGCCAGUGACAACAGCAACAACAACAGCGACAACAACAGCAACUACAACAACAACAACCACAUCAACAACUACAACCCCACCAGCAAAAACAACAAGAUCACCAAGUACACUGAAGGAGGGAGGAUCCACUGUGACUGAGACAACAGACUAUGAGCUGUAUACAGGGACCUCUCCCAUUCCUGAACCAACUACAGUUGUAAAGCUAAGGUCAGAUCAAACCAACGGACCAUGGUCUGGGCCUGGGUCCAACUUGUCAAACCCUGGGUCCCGAUCGUCCCCCUACAUGACCUCCUCCCCCUCCCCUGGGAAACAUGUGGAGAUGGAUGUGACCUUCACAACCACAGCGGUAACGGUCAAGUCGUCAUCAGCAUCAACAUCAAGCUUUGCAUUCACAACCGGAAUGAUGGGAGGAAUGACGGCAGCCAUUGUUGGACUGAUGCUGACCAUCUUCGGCUUCAUCUUCUACUGGGGAAGGAGGAGAAGGAAGCUGUCCACCGCCAAGGCCAACAAUAGCAGCACCGUCUGGGACUUCCUUCUGGCUCACACUGUGGCUGCUCGCACAUUCCGACGAGGCUACGACAACUUUAGCAACAACCGAGAGUCUGUUAGCUCAGAGACAGAUGCAACAACAGGAAAAACAACAUGGCUGCCCAACAUACGCGUGGAACCAAGCCUUGACACACAAUCUGUGACAUCGGAUGACAACUGCAGCAUCGUGAACAUCAACACCCUCGGCACGAUCAGCAGCAGACAUGACCGCUCUGAGGCAUAGACCUCCAGAGACUGGUAGUUCUUGUGGGCAGAAGAACUACCAAUGUCUGAUGUCAUCUCCACAUAAAGAAUCAGAACCAGAUGCAGGAAAGUCUUGUAAUUCACAUGAUUAACACUUUAAACCAAGGACAGAUUGUGAUGGGCAACAACUGCUGACAAAAACAGAAACUUUCUGUUGUGAGAACCGUGGAUGGUUGUGAGUUUCUUCUCUGACUUGACCCCACAUGUAGCUCAUCAAAGGUAGCUGUGAGGAGAUCCUACCCUCAAGGACAGGGGAGUUCCUACCCUCAAGGACAGGGGACUUCCUACCCUCAAGGACAGAGGACUUCCUACCCUCAAGGAAGGAGGAGUUAGGAGUUCAAUCAUCCUCCAUUACCCAGUGUAUUAUAUCUCCCUUCUAUUUUGCUAAAUACCCUGGACACAUAUGCCUCCACAGCUUCAUUUUGAGCAUGAGCUUCACUGAUUCGAAUGGCAUGACUAUAAUUAGUCACCCAAUCAAAUUACUCUCAUGCGUGAGAGAAAUUCUGUGCAAAAUAAGAUAGGAGAGUGUGAUAGGAGUUAUCAAGAUGGUGAUGUCACUUCUGAAACAAGGCUAUCGCUCUACAUGUUAUAGUAGUGUCGAUAAAGCUUUUUAAUUAUUAAGCACAUCCAUGCACAAAUGACAUCUAAGCACAUCCAAAUGACAUCCAUGCACAUCCAAACGACAUCCAUGCACAUCUAAAUGACAUCCAAACUACAUCUAUGCACAUCCAAAUGACAUCCAUGCACAUCCAAAUGACAUCCAAACGACAUCCAUGCACAUCUGAAUGACAUCCAUGCACAUCUAAACGACAUCCAUGCACAUCUAAACGACAGCCAUGCACAUCUAAAUGACAUCCAAACUACAUCUAUGCACAUCCAAAUGACAUCCAUGCACAUCCAAAUGACAUCCAAACGACAUCCAUGCACAUCUGAAUGACAUCCAUGCACAUCUAAACGACAUCCAUGCACAUCUAAACGACAGCCAUGCACAUCGAAAUGACAUCCAUGCACAUCUAAACGAUAUCCAAAUGACAUCCAUGCACAUUCAAAUGACAUCUGAGCAUAUCCAAAUGACAUCUAGGCACAUCCAAAUGACACCAUGCACAUUCAAAUGACAUCUAAGCACAUCCAAAUGACAUCUACACACAAAUGUUUAUAAGAAUUUCCAUAUUACGUGGUUUACAUGGUGUACAGGUAUUUUCAUAAAAUAUAUGUUUAAAAAUAACAAUGCAAAAUUAUCUAUUUCAGAGUAAGCUUAAUUAAGCAAAUUAAGAAAAUGUAAUGAAAGAAACUGAGCUAGGGGUGAUUCUUUAAAAGAUGAGUGUCAAUGAUGUAUGUCACUUUCCAGACUGAUCUACUUCAAAAUGUUGUUUCUAUUUCUAAAAAGUUGUUGACAGAUUCAGCAUCAGUAAAAAGGUUUCAGAUCUCAAAAUGUUAAAUUUGUUUUUUGAUCCGUUAAAAACAAAAUGAAGAAAAUGCCUUAAAGGUCAUCACCCACAUUUGUAUGUGUAAAUAUGUUUUACUCCUGUUUUCUGUUGUAUAUAUUGUUGACAUUGGGAGACCAAGUCUCAUAACAUGUUGGUAUAUUGACUGUAAAUACAUCUGUCCAACAGAUUGCUUUGUGCAUACAGCUUAUGAAAAGGUUAAGGUUUCAGAUGGGCCUGAUACACAGCAACUCGGAAAACUUCAUUCACUGCCUAAUAUGUAAUCAGUAAAAUCUACAGAGACUGUGUCAUGGCAGACCUGAUCCAAAUGAAGAAAUAUUCUACUUUGCUGUGUCCGGAGGACUAAAUGGCAACAUCUUGCAUUUCAUUUUUGUUAAAGAACUUGUUAACUGUGAACAUGAUAUCUCAUACAUUAUCACUGAUUCUCAACAUUGUUUGAGUGAGUUUGGCUUGAUGCUGAUGUGAACAGUAUUUUCUACACCUCACAGCAUGUUGCCUCGAUCAUGAACACCACAAGCCUGGAUAGGAUGCUGUCAUACCAAGGAUCAUUAAAACCCACACAUAUCAUCCAGUGCAUCCUGGCAUAGCUAUUGUGAUUGUCAACAGUUAGUCUAGGUGUCUUGGACUGCUGGCCACCGAUGCCUUCCCCACAACCAGUAUCCUGGCAUAGCUAUGGUGACUGUCCACAUUGAGUCGCAGUGUCUUGGACUGCUGGCCACCGAUGCCUUCCCCACAACCAGUAUCCUGGCAUAGCUAUGGUGACUGUCCACAUUGAGUCGCAGUGGCUUGGACUGCUGGCCACCGAUGCCUUCCCCACAACCAGUAUCCUGGCAUAGCUAUGGUGACUGUCCACAUUGAGUCGCAGUGGCUUGGACUGCUGGCCACCGAUGCCUUCCCCACAACCAGUAUCCUGGCAUAGCUAUGGUGACUGUCCACAGUGAGUCGCAGUGGCUUGGAUUGCUGGCCACCAAUGCCUUCCCCACAACCAGUAUCCUGGCAUAGCUAUUGUGACUGUCCACAGGGAGUCUAGGUGUCUUGGAUUGCUGGCCACUGAUGCCUUCCCCACAACCAGUAUCCUGGCAUAGCUAUUGUGACUGUCCACAGUGAGUCGCAGUGGCUUGGAUUGCUGGCCACCAAUGCCUUCCCCACAACCAGUAUCCUGGCAUAGCUAUUGUGACUGUCCACAGUGAGUCGCAGUGGCUUGGAUUGCUGGCCACCAAUGCCUUCAUCACAACCAGGAUCCUGGCAUAGCUAUUGUGACUGUCCACAGUGAGUCUCGGUGGCUUGGAUUGUUGGCCACCAAUGCCUUCCCCACAACCAGUAUCCUGGCAUAGCUAUUGUGACUGUCCACAGUGAGUCUAGGUGUCUUGGAUUGCUGGCCACCGAUGCCUUCCCCACAACCAGUAUCCUGGCAUAGCUAUUGUGACUGUCCACAGUGAGUCUAGGUGUCUUGGAUUGCUGGCCACCGAUGCCUUCCCCACAACCAGUAUCCUGGCAUAGCUAUUGUGACUGUCCACAGUGAGUCUCGGUGGCUUGGAUUGUUGGCCACCAAUGCCUUCCCCACAACCAGUAUCCUGGCAUAGCUAUUGUGACUGUCCACAGUGAGUCUAGGUGUCUUGGAUUGCUGGCCACCGAUGCCUUCCCCACAACCAGUAUCCUGGCAUAGCUAUUAUGACUGUCCACAGUGACUCUAGGUGUCUUGGAUUGCUGGCCACCAAUGCCUUCCCCACAACCAGUAUCCUGGCAUGGCUAGUGUGACUGUCCACAGGGAGUCUCAGUGGCUUGGAUUUCUGGGCCACCAAUGACAUCCCCACAACCAGUAUCCUGGCAUAGCUAUUGUGACUGUCCACAGGGAGUCUCGGUGGCUUGGACUGCUGGGCCACCAAUGCCUUCCAUCCUCUCUUUAACACAGUUCAUAAACCCAGGACAAAUUGUAAUAACAGUGCAUGGUCUGUGACAUGUAUGAAUGAGUGAGUUUGGUUUUACACCACUUUUAUCAAUAUUGCAGCAAUAUCACAGCGGGGGACACCUGAAAUGGGCUUCACACAUUGUACCCAUGUCGGGAAUCGAACCCUGGUCUUCAGUGUGACGAGCGAACGCUUUGACCAGUAGGCUACCCGACUGCCCUGUGACAUGUAUGAGGUGACAUAUAAACAUGUUUGUGUGUAUCAGGCUGAUCACAAACUCAUUAUUACAUAUGCAGAGAAUGAAGUUUCUUAUAUGGAAUAAACAUGUUAAUGCUGAA